AUGAUAUGUGCGGUAGCAGCAGGCCCUAAUGUCAUUCCAGUCUCGCCUGAGUGGGAAAACCAACUCCUCAACAGUGUGGAGGGAACUAAUACGAGCGAAAAGGACGCGGAAACGACUCAGAGUGAAAAGUAG